AUGAGCGACAACAUGAUCCCCCAAAAGGGCAGCAAGCCUGCGCCUACCCCCCAAAACACUCCUCUCGACAAGGCCCCCAUCUCCUCCCGCGCACAACAGCCUGGCGUUUCCAGCAUCAAAGAAGAGGACGCUGCCUCAAUAUUCGCUGCUAACCCCGCCCUCGUUUCCAUGAUGCAGAACAAGCUCAGCGGUCUUGUCGGAAGAUCAUCUGGAUACGUCGAGUCCCUCCCUGCUCCCGUCCGCAGACGUGUCGCUGGUCUCAAGGGUGUCCAAAAGGAGCACUCCAAGCUCGAGGCCGAGUUCCAAGAGGAGGUCCUUGCCCUUGAGAAGAAGUUCUUCGCCAAGUACGCCCCUCUCUACGAGAAGCGUGCCAAGAUCAUCAACGGUUCCACCGAGCCUACCGAGCAGGAGGUUGAGGCUGGCAAGGAGGACGAAGAGGAGGACGAGGAUGAGGAGGCCGAUCAGGCCCAGGACAAGUCUGCCGCCGACAUCAAGGGUAUCCCCGAGUUCUGGCUUUCCGCCAUGAAGAACUCGUCGCUCGCCGAGACUAUCACCGACCGUGAUGAGGGUGCUCUCAAGUACUUGACCGACAUCCGCAUGGAGUACCUCGACCGCCCCGGAUUCCGCCUUAUCUUCGAGUUCGCUGAGAACGAGUUCUUCACCAACAAGACCAUCUCUAAGACCUACUACUACCAAGAGGAGAACGGCUACGGCGGCGACUUCAUCUACGACCACGCCGAGGGCGACAAGAUUGACUGGCAGUCUGGCAAGGACCUCACCGUCAGAGUUGAGAGCAAGAAGCAGCGCAACAAGAACACCAAGCAGACUCGCAUUGUUAAGAAGACCAUCCCCACUCCCUCAUUCUUCGACUUCUUCAACCCUGCUAGCCCCCCUACCGAGGAUGACGAGGACGUUGACGACGACAUUGAGGCCAAGCUCGAGCUCGACUACCAGCUCGGUGAGGACAUCAAGGAGAAGCUCAUUCCCCGUGCUAUUGACUGGUUCACUGGUGAGGCUCUGCAGUUCGAGCAGGGCUUCGAGGACUUUGACGAGGACGAGUUCGAAGACGAGGAUGAUGAGGAUGAGGAGGACUACGACCGCGACGAGGAAGACGAUGAGGAGGAGUCAGAUGAGGAGGGUGAUGGCUCAAAGCCCAAGCAGGAGACUGCUGAGUGCAAGCAGAGCUAG